UGCACGUUCGUCCCAUGUGCGUCCUGAAUCUAGAUGCCGCAUGCCAUUGAUUCAUCUCGGCUUAUAUAUAGCUCUCUCCUCUCCCGUUCUUGUUUAUUGUCGUGCCACAUAGAAGUAAAAAGCGUCGAUACGGCGACUGAAUCAAUCUUCCGGGCUGUUUGUUAAUAGAUUGCCUUCAUCCCUCUCUUUCUCAUCCCCUGAUAUCUCUAUCCUAUACGCCCCAUCAAUCUUUCAGUAAAGCGUUCCCGCAAUGGUGCAGAGACCCGUCCUCGCGGCGUUACUGGCUGGCACCGUUGCCCUCGCCGAGCAGCAGCUUACCUUGGGUCCCAAUGCGUACACUGCCCCAGGCGUAUUCCCCACCAGCCUCUUUUCCGCAUACUAUAACGACCCCACCCAAACCGUAUCUCAAGCGCAACCUAAAAUCACCGACAACAUCCUCAACAAAACGUACCCCCUCAACCUCACCGACCCCGAGUCUAUCCCUACCAAUGACACUGCUGAUCCUCUCCUCUACGCACCUGCCUGGCUUAACGGCAGCGCCGCUACCGACUUGUACGAGAACAUCACAGCUCAGAUCCAAGGUAUCGUCACCGGCGAAGGCGCCAACUGCACCAAAUGUAUCGAUUCUCUUACUGCUGCUAGUACCCUAGCCAAGAAAGCGCCUCAGCACGUACCCGACCUACUCGUCCACCUUUGCAACUACUACUCUUUCACCACCCCCACCAAAUGCAACGUCUACUCUGCGAACGCGCAAGGGCCCUUCUAUGCUCAAAUGCUCGCAUACGCCGAUGUCGGCGGGUAUGAUGGGCAGUAUCUAUGCCAGAAUUUCAUCACUGCGAGCGAGUGUGAGCGGCCGCCUCUACCGGAGUUCAAAGGAGAAGAUUUUUGGACCAAGCCGAAACCCACCAACGCUACGCCACCUAUUCCAAAGGGUACAGACCGUAUCAAGAUUCUCCACAUGUCCGAUUUCCAUGUAGACCCUCGAUACUCCACCGGAUCAGAGGCAAACUGUACCUCCGGCCUCUGCUGCAGGGCAGAUAACCCCAUCACCUCCCUCUCCGACAACUACACCAUCUCUCUCCCCGCCCCUCGCUUCGGCUCCUUCCUCUGCGACACCCCCUGGUCACUCGCAGCGGCUGCGGUCGAGUCCAUCCCUAUCCUCACUGGUACAAACGGCAAAGGUGGGGAUGUGUUCAACAUGACGAUCUUCACGGGCGAUCUCGUUUCGCACGAUCCUUAUCAGGAACUGAGUAGGGAUUAUAUCGAGUAUACCGAGACUGCACUAUAUGAUCUUUGGAAACAGACCCUCAACCCCACCACCCCGCUUUACGCCGUCAUCGGCAAUCACGACUCUUACCAACAAGCCUUCGACGCUCCUUCUACUUUACCGGGCAAGUUGAAGAAGGAGUUCAGCUGGAACUAUGAGCAUUUGGCGGGACUUUGGAAACAUGAAGGAUGGAUCGACGAAGAGACUUCUGAUAAGGUCAAGGCCCACUACGGCGCCUACUCUAUGCAACACGCCCCCAACCUCAAAAUCAUCACCCUCAACACCGACCUCUGGUACCGCGCCAACAUCUUUGCCUUCAUCAACUCUACCCACCCCGAUAACUUUGGUUUCCUCCACUUCCUCGCGGACGAGCUUCAAUCCGCCGAAGACGCCGGCUCUCGAGCCUACAUUGUUGGCCAUGUCCUAAGCGGAUGGGACGGCUCGAACGCUCUCCCGGGACCGACGGAUGUGUUUUACCAGAUUGUGGAUCGGUAUUCGCAUGUUAUUGCGGGUCUGUUCUGGGGGCAUACGCAUGAGGAUCAGAAUAUGAUCUAUUAUGGUGGGAAUGGGAGUGAUAUAUCGGCGGCGAAGGCGCAGAAUGUGGGAUGGAUUGGUCCGUCGAUCACGCCUCUUACCGAUAUCAACUCUGGCUUUAGACUUUACGAGGUCGAUGCAGAGACAUGGGAUAUCCUCGACGCCCACACCUGGUACUCCAACGUAUCCACCUUCCCUUCCCUCGACUCUCAACUCGAUUUCGGCCCCUCUUACGCAUACGAAUACAACACUCGCUCCGCCUACGGCUCCAACAUCUCCUGGCCCUCCACCGCCCCUCUCAAUGCAACGUGGUGGCACCUCGUCACCGAGCAGAUGGAAUCGGACGGAGGAAGCUUGGUCAACUUGUACAACGCGCAUCAGGGGAAGAUGUCGACUUUGAGCCCGAAUUGCACGAGUGAGGAAUGUAUCGAGGCGAAGGUCUGUUAUAUCAGGAGUGGAUCAGGUCCGUUGGCGAUGCAGAACUGUCCUCAGGGUUAUGGGAGUGUUCAGUGAAAAGUAUAAUUUGUCUCGACUGCCCGAUGGACUUUGGCCAAAGUAGGAAUGAUAUAAUAUCGAGAAGCUAGUACACAGAAAACAUAGAUAUAAUAUCGAGAAGCUUGUACACAAAAGACAUACAACAUGUAUCUGCAGUACGAAAG